UUGUUUUGUCUCUUUUUUCUUUAAAGACUAUUGGCAAAGAUGUAUUUGAUGUAUUAUUUAAACGACCAAGGAGAGCGUAUCUAUACUCUCAAGAAAACUGAUCCUAAGGGUAUGCCCACCAAGUCUGCUCAUCCUGCACGUUUCUCUCCCGAUGACAAGUUCUCUCGUCAACGUGUCACUAUUAAGAAGAGAUUCAAGAUUUUGCCUACUCAACUUCCUGCUCGUGCUCUUUAAUCAUUUCUAUACAUAUCGCAUUUUUUAUAUACAUUGUAAAUUAACAUUUAUUUGAACAGAAGGAGGAUGUAAUAAACAGACAAAAAAAAUAUAUAGACAC